AUGGCAUCACAGGCCGAGUGCCACUUGAGGCACUUGCCAAACUCAUACGACAGCGAGGGGAUCGGCCCAUUGGACCUCGACACCCCGAGCAAGGAGGCCUAUGAAGCAGAGGAGGAGAUCCCGCUGGUGGAUCACGACGAUGAUUUUGGUGUCGUUGUUCCUCGGACACAUCCUCGAGCACGGCAGCUGCCUGUGUGGCUCCGAUACCCCAGAAACAUCUUCCGUGCCUUGAUUCCAAGCUUCCUCAAGGCCUCGGAUCCGAAUGCCGUCCAGAAGCCGCUUCAUCCUACAGCAUGGCUCGAUGGUCUCCGUGGUGUAGCCGCCUUCUUCGUCGUCUGCCACCACUGGUCCCUCGUCACAGCCAACAUGAACAUCCAUCGCGGCUUCAUGAGCGACGACGACCCCAUGUUCAUCCAGCUGCCCAUCAUACGCCUCGUCAUCUCCGGCUUCUGGUCCGUCUGCGUCUUCUUCGUCAUCUCCGGGUUCGCGCUGAGCUACAAGCCCCUGAAGCUCCUCGGCCAGCACAAGACGGCCGAGUUCGCGACCGCGGCCGCCUCGUCGGCCUUUCGGCGGCACAUUCGCCUGUUUCUGCCGCCCGCGAUGACGACGUUUGUGAUUGCGUGGAUUUCGUAUUUCGGAUGGUUCGAGAUCCCGACGUCGGGCGUGGCCGUGCCGGCGCUGCGGCCGCCGCGGUUCGAUCGUGCUUACGACCAGCUGUGGGACUGGGCGAUGAACCUCAUCGGGCUGUCGGACCCGUUCGGGAGGAACUUGCGGAGGGGAGAGGGGUACCCGUACGAGCCUACGCUCUGGACGAUCCCGAUCGAGUUUGACUGUUCUCUGGUCAUCUUCCUCGCUCACGUCGCCUUUUCGAGGUUACGCACCCGGGUUAGGCUCGGCAUGAACCUCUUCCUCGUGGCGUACACCCUCUACUUCAACUACUGGCAGUACUUCCUCUUCCUCGCAGGGCUCCUCUGCGCCAACCUGCACUUCUACUGGCAGCCUGCCAUCGGCAAUAACACCCUGCCGUACGUGGCAGCAGCAGCAACCCCGGGACCACGUGGCCGCUUUGCCCGGCUGAGCUUCUCCCUCACAUCGUCACCAACCUACAGCGUAACCAAAAAGAUGCUCGGCACCCUCUCCUUCCUCGGCGCGCUCUGGCUCCUCUCGUACCCAAAGGGCACCGGCACGGCCGGUCUCUCGCCGGGCUAUAAGACGCUCGUCGCCAUCACGCCAGAGCGCUACGGCGAGGGCGAGUACCUCUGGAUCCCGCUCGCGUCCGCCUGGCUCGUCUUGUCGGUCGACCGGUCUCCGUUCCUGCAGCCGCUCUUCACGAACCGGGUGAUUCAGUACUUUGGCCGCAUCUCGUACGCGCUGUACCUCGUCCACGGCUCGCUGCUGUGGCUGUACGGGUGGCACCUCGUGCGCUUCUUCACGGGGCUGACGGGGGCGGAGACGAGCGGGCAGUUUACGUUUGGGGUGCUGUUGGCGACGUGCUUUUUCAUGCCUGGCGUGGUGUGCGUGGCUGACUUUGCGCAGAGGUAUUUGGAUGCCAAUGCUGUCAAGUUUGCGGCUUGGUUUGAGGGGAAGCUGAUUGACAAGAGGAGGGGGCCUAAGACAUGUGACUUGAGACGGGAAUCAUUCUUCCUCGAACGCAAGAUUCACAUCAUCAUGCCGAUGAGGAGAAAAGAACUCCUACCUUUAACACCAACCACUUUCCCGUCAAAGAAGGAAGAAGGAGAGAUGAAUAUUUCGCCGCCGAGUCCCCUUCUCCCCCCUUCUCCCCCCACAACGGCAGCGGCUUUGUCGGCCAUUCCGCGCGGGUCUACGGAAGGUUUUGUUGCCGCCAACAAGAACCCACGAGUUUCGGGCAGAGAUGCUCCAUCGGGCCAGGGACCCGAUGCAAGCCAGAUCCGUUUUCCUUUGACGGACGGACUUGUCGUCGCCGUCAUCAGCGGCAUCGCCGCGUUGUCGCACAGCGUGGGAGCCGCAUAUGUCUGGCCUUCCAAGUACGACGAGAUUGAGGAUAUCCUCUCAUUACAGACGGGAUACCGCAGCAGGGGUUUCGUCGAAGGCGUGACCCCUUGCUCCUUUGGCGGCAACAUCGCCGGCCGCCAGUUCGCCGCCGAGUGGAUCCGCACCGCCUUCCACGACGUAGCCACCACCGACGCCGCCGCGGGGACAGGCGGCCUAGACGGCUCCAUCUGGUUCGAGGUCGGCCGCGCCGAGAACGGCGGCGCGGCCUUCAACAACACCUUCAACUUCUUCAGCAACCUCUACUCGAUCCGCGCCUCCGCCGCCGACCUGCUCGCCAUGAGCGUCGUCGUCGCCAACGCGGGCUGCGGUGGCGCAAAGAUGCCCUUCCGCGCGGGGCGCGUCGACGCCAGCACCGCCGGGCCCGCGGGCGUACCGGAGCCGCAGACGCCGCUCGACACGACGCUGGCGACGUUUGCGAAAGCCGGCUUCAGCCAGAGCGAGAUGAUUUCGCUCGUGGCGUGCGGGCAUACCCUCGGCGGCGUGCACAGCCGGAAUAACCCGCACAUCACGGGCCUCGACCCGAGCCCGGACACCGUGACCAAGUUUGAUAGCACGUUUGACGACUUUGAUAACCGGAUCGCGACCGAGUACGUGCGGGGCAACACGUCGAACCCGUUGGUCGUCGGGCGCAACGAGACGCUCAACUCGGACAAGCACAUCUUCUCGUCGGACGGGAACAAGACGAUCAGGGACCUGGGUUGUACCAAGAACGGGUUCAGGACGGCGUGCGCCGACGUCUUUACGCGCAUGAUUGAUACCGUGCCCGCGACGGUGCAGUUGACGGAGCCCGUGGAGCCCGUCGAUAUCAAGCCCUACGUCACGCUGGCGCUGAGCGGCAACGGGAGCCUUGCGUUCAGCGGCUGGGUGCGCGUGAGGACGACGCAAGGGACGGGUCGGGACACUGGCGAUUUGGCCGUCCAUCUGAGCUUCGCAGAUCGAGGGGGCGAGGGUUCCGUUGUUGUCCCCGCGACGCUCGACGAAGGCGGCGCCACGCAUGGGCUCUGGGGCGAGACGUUCGCCUGGUACCAGUUCGAGACGGCCAUCAGCGCAGCGAGCGGUAUAAGCAGCUUCCUUGUCCACCUGACGACGCCCUCGAGCAACGCCACAUCCGUGUACAAGAACGACGGCAGCGGGUUCCCGCUAGACGACGCGCUGCUCUACCAGGCAGCCUCCUCUUGCGUCAACCGGACGAGCGUGAACAACGAGCGCACAUUCACCGUCACGGCCGCGGUGUUGAAGGAGCGCGCGGGAGAUGCCGUGACGAUGGACAUUGUGCGUCUCGUGCGGCGUUCCGAGGCGAUCCACAGGAGGCUCGACGUCGAGAGCGUCGAGCUCGCGGCGACGGGCGAGGAGGAUAGCGGGUAUGCGCUCUUCCAAGCCCAGGUGCAGCUUGCGACGAGCGGCUGGAGCACCAGCUUCGAUCUUGUUUUGGGAGGGGAGAAGGAGGUUCGGGUCGACUUUUUGAAGACGCAAGCUUGUCCGCGUAGUGUACCAAGAUCAACACGAAUUGGCAUCAUUACGCCCGUCGCGGCAAUUUUGAACUCUGAAACUAUCCAGGAUCUUGUCCCAAGGCUUCUGCUCAGACUGAAGAAGGACAAUAUACCAAGCGAACGCGAGACUGAGGCUACUGAGCAUAUGUUGCCAGGAUAUUGCAAGAAUGCGUGCGACGGCAUUCCUCAGCAGUAUCAGAGAGAAUACCAUAAAGAUACUAUCACUCCGAAGCAAGAGUGUAUGACCAGCAUCAUCAUAUGCUCGAGCGAAGACCACUUGUCUAGCUCGAACACAUGUGCCAAGUCGCACGAUAUGCUUGUGUUUGAUACUCGCAUUCCCCAGAAGUCACUUGCCGCAGGGAGAGUGGGAGCUGUGACGCAGGGGAAGACUCCCUGGUGCCUUUUGCCGAUUGUCCCCGCGCAAACCGCAUGA